CGCAAUGAAAAAAACAGAGGAUUAGUUUCCGUGAAACCCUGCCCAGUGCCUGGUAGUGCCUACUACCGCAGCUACGAGAAGUUGCGAAUAACGGAGGCGAAGCCAUUCAGUCUCUCAGUUUAUGCACAUCCUGAUUCCUGAUUCUGGAUCCCGAGUAGUAGUAGUAGUAGCAGCAGUAAUGAAUCAAACAUCUUCGUUGCUUCUCUCAAAUCAGCUGACAGUGAGACCGAUGACAUCUCGUUGGUUUUCAUCAUCACUAUUUCGUCGGAGAGCGGUUGUUUCCCCUGCGAAUGUGAUUCUAGCAGCAGCUAAUUCUGGAUCGGAGAAAGGGGCGACUCCAAUUAUUUAUAAGCAGUGCUCGACUACGGCCCCCAUCUCUCAUUUCGCCACAAGUUUCGGACUUCGACGUCCGACCCCCGAACUUGGCCUUAUUUCCCUUGUCUUCGUGCUCUCUACGGCUGCUGGUGCAAUUUUCUUACUGGCUUUAAUUUCAAUCCCGACAAAGAAUGCUUUUAGAAAAUUAUCAGCUUCAAUGCGUAAACUGUCAAAGGUGGUUUCAGAGGAGGUACCUGGAACAUUGUCUUCUCUAAAGCUUUCUGGCAUUGAGAUUAAUGAUUUGACACAACAACUUAGCACUCUGAGGCAAAAAAUAUCUGGAUAUCAAAAUGGAAAGAGAGGCAGGAGCAAAUAGAGAAGGCCAAGUGGGGAAAGCAUGAUCCUAUGACAAAUCAGUUCAUGCAAAGCAAUAGUGAAGGUGUACUGUGACUUUGUAGAUAUAUAGUGACAAGAUAUGUAAUUUGCUUGCACCCAUAUUCAUUUUUUUUUUUGGGUGUGUAAUUCAUACUUCGUUAAUGGUUCUGUGAUAAAUGUAGUUUUGGUCA